GGCGCCCCCCCCCACGCCACAGCCCCAUGGAGGUCUCCCGGAGGAAGGCACCGCUGCGCCCCCCGCGCCCUGCCGGGCUGCUGCCCCUGCUUGCCUAUCUGCUGGCGCUCGCGGCGCCCGCCCGGGGCGCGGACGAGCCCGUGUGGCGGUCGGAGCAAGCUAUCGGAGCCAUCGCGGUGAGCCGGGAGGACGGCGUGUUCGUGGCGAGCGGCAGCUGCCUAGACCAGCUGGACUACAGCCUGGAGCACAGGCUCUCGCGCCUAUACCGGGACCAAGCGGGCAACUGCUCGGAGCCCGUCCCGCUGACGCCCCCCGCGCGGCCCCGGCCGGGCAGCAGCUUCAGCAAGCUGCUGCUGCCCUACCGCGAGGGGGCGGCCGGCCUCGAGGGGCUGCUGCUCACCGGCUGGACCUUCGACCGGGGCGCCUGCGAGGUGCGACCCCUGGGCAAUCUGAGCCGCAGCUCUCUUCGCAACGGCACCGAAGUGGUGUCCUGUCACCCGCAGGGCUCGACGGCCGGCGUGGUGUACUACGCGAACGACACCCAGAGCUGGUACCUGGCGGUGGCCGCCACCUAUGUGCUGCCCGAGUCGGAGACGGCGAGCCGCUGCAACCCCGCGGCGUCCGACCGCGAAACGGCCAUCGCGCUCAAGGACACGGGGAAGCGCAGCCUGGCCACGAAGGAGACGGGACGCCUCAAGCUGCGCGACGGCGGGGGUAGCCUGCACUUUGUGGACGCUUUUCUCUGGAACGGCAGCGUCUACUUCCCCUACUACCCCUACAACUACUCGAGAGGCGCCGCUACCGGCUGGCCCAGCAUGGCGCGCAUCGCCAAGAGCUCCGAGAUGCUCCUGUUCCAGGGCCAGGCGGCCCUCCACUGCGGCCACGGCCACCCAGACGGCCGCCGCCUGCUGCUCUCCUCCAGCCUGGUGGAGGCCCUGGACGUCUGGGCGGGCGUGUUCAGCGCAGCCACUGGAGAGGACCAGGAGAAGCGCUCGCCCACCACCACCGCACUCUGCCUCUUCAGGAUGAGUGAGAUCCAGGCGCGCACCAAGAUCUGCCGCUGGGACUUCGAGAUCGAUAAUAACGAGAACAACUGCAAAAACGAGGAUGAACCUGAAAGAGUCGAACCAAUCGCAUCAUCUACUUUGAUCCAUUCCGACCUGACAUCCGUUUAUGGCACCGUGGUAAUGAACAGGACUGUUUUAUUCUUGGGGACUGGAGAUGGCCAGUUACUUAAGGUUAUUCUUGGUGAAAAUUUGGCCUCGAAUUGUCCAGAGGUUAUCUAUGAAAUCAAAGAAGAAACCCCUGUUUUCUACAAACUUGUUCCUCAUCCUAAGAAGAAUAUCUACAUCUAUCUAACAGCUGGAAAAGAGGUGAGGAGAAUUCGUGUUGCGAACUGCAGUAAACAUAAAUCCUGUUGGGAGUGUUUAGCAGCAACAGACCCUCACUGCGGUUGGUGCCAUUCGCUACAAAGGUGUACUUUUAAAGAAGACUGUGAGCAUUUAAAUAAUUCAGAAAACUGGCUGGAUAUUUUAUCUGGAGCUAAAAAGUGCCCUCAAAUUCACCUAAUUCGAAGCAGUAAAGAUAAGACGACAGUGACAGUGAUGGGAAGCUUCCCUCCAAGGCACUCAGAGUGCGUGGUGAAGAACGUGGACACGGGCAGGAUGCUCUGCAAGGGUGAAAGCAUGCACAAUGAGACCUGCACCUGCAACAUCCCGACCAGAACAACUUACAAAGAUGUUUUAGUUGUCAACGUGACGUUCUCAUUCGGUUCCUGGCGUGUGUCAAAGAGAUUCAACUUUACCAACUGCUCAUCAUUAAGAGAAUGUCCAGGAUGUAUCGGAACCGGCUGUGCUUGGUGUAAAAGUGAGAGAAAAUGCAUCCACCCCUUCACAGCUUGCGACCCUUCAGAUUACAAGAGGAACCAGGACCUCUGUCCAGUGGCUUUUCAGAAAUGGACACCACCCAAAACAGCAGGAGGAGGAAGAUUCAAGGAGAAUAUGAGUAACAGAACCACUUGGGGCUUGCAGGUCUUCUCUGUUAAGUCCAUUGAGCCACAGAAAAUAUCGACCUUAGGGAAAAGUAAUGUGAUCGUCACGGGAGCAAACUUUACCCAGGCAUCGAACAUCACAAUGAUCCUGAAAGGAACCAGUACUUGUGAUAAGGAUGUGAUACAGGUUAGCCACGUGCUAAAUGACACCCAUAUGCAAUUCUCUCUUCCAUCGAGCCGAAAAGAAAUGAAGGAUGUGUGUAUCCAGUUCGAUGGCGGGAACUGUGCUUCGGUGGGACCCUUGUCUUAUAUUGCCCUGCCCCACUGCUCGCUCAUAUAUCCUGCUACCACCUGGAUCAGUGGUGGUCAAAAUAUAACCAUCAUGGGCAGAAAUUUUGAUGUAAUUGACAACUUAAUCUUUUCUCACGAGGUAAAAGGAAAUGUCUCUGAAUAUUGUAUGGCAAAUUACUGCAGAUUUUUAGCCCCCAAUUUAAAGAGUUCAAAAGGGCCUACAAACGUCACUGUGAAGCUCAGAGUCCAGGAGACCGCCUUGGAUUGUGGAAGCUUGCAGUACCUUGAUGACCCCAGAUUCACCGGGUAUCGAGCUGAGUCUGAGGUGGACACAGAAUUGGAAGUAAAAAUUCAAAAAGAAAAUGAUAACUUCAACAUUUCCAAGGAAGACAUUGAAAUUACUCUCUUCUAUGGAAACAAUAAAUCAUUAAAUUGCAGCUUUGAAAAUAUUACUAGAAAUCAAGAUCUUACCACCAUCUUUUGCAAAAUUAAACACAUCACUGCUGCAAACAGCAUCGCCACCUCUUCCAAGAAAGUUCACGUCAAGCUGGGAAACCUGAAGCUCUCUGUCGAACGGGAAUCAGUUCUUUCCACCUGG